CGGAGCAAGGGAACUGUUUUUACGAAAGCCUUUAAUAGUAGUUUAUUGAACCGCAGCGAUGUCGUAGUUGGCUUACACAUGCUAGUGCUAGCGUUACGUUGGUGUUAACCCAAGUCGGGGGUUAUUUAGAGGCUUAGAUAUAUCGUUACGAGGAGGAGGGAGAAGUAUUACGACAUCAUCCUGAGCUUCCUGAACUGAAGUCAAGCUAGGUAACCUAAACCGCCAGCCGCAGAGGACGCCGGAGGUGAAAAACACAGCUCAGGAAAAGGUUAACCAACACUCCGACGCUGUUAGCUAUUUUUACAAGACAGUUUGGAUUAACUUUUGGUAAAUCUUAACGGAGUUUCGCCAUGUCUCUGGCCGAGCAGAGCCAGCAGUGGUUUCCUACGAGUGUCCAGGUAACGGUGCAUCAGGCUCGGAACCUGCGCUCCAAAGGCAAGAAUGGCACCAACGACGCCUAUGCCAUCAUCCAGGUGGCCAAGGACAAGUUUUCCACCUCUGUGGCUGAGAAGUGUAUCGCUCCAGUGUGGAAAGAAGAGGCUUCGUUUGACCUGCCGCUGUUCCACCCGGGUAACGCUGAACGCUGUACGCUGUACAUCAUAGUAAUGCACCGUGCCCAGGUGGGGCUCGACAAGUUCUUGGGUCAAGCUGUGAUAAACUUACUGGAUCUUCAUGACAACAAGUCUCGCAAAAAGACAGAUUGGUUCAAACUGGUGGAUAAGACCGGGAAAGUGGACAAGGAGCGAGGGGAGGUGCUGCUCGAUGUACAGUUCAUGAGAAACAACAUGUCAGCUAGCAUGUUUGACCUUUCUAUGCAGGACAAACCCCGCUCCCGCAUCUCCAAGCUGAAAGACAAAGUCCGUGGGAAGAAAAAGGAUGGCUUCUCUGACUCUGCUUCAGCUAUUGUUCCCCCUGUCAGCCAGGUCCUCACAGACAGUGAGGGCGAGGCUGAUGCACAGUCACUCAAUCAGUCUCCAGGAUCAAAAAAGAAAUCAAAGCUCAAAAGCCUCUUCGCCCCCAAAUCAAACCUGCAGCGUAAUAUCUCGCAGUCCAUGUCUACACUGGGCACACUUCCCGAGAAGAACUCAUCUCUCAGUGGCAGCCGCUCAUCUGGCCUCAAUGUAGACUCCCCUGAAGUUAAGAAGAAAUUCAAAUUGCUGGGUCACAAGCGAACAGGCAGCUCUGACAGCAAGGUGUCUCAGGGGCCUUUCUCCCUACUGGGUCGCUCCAAGCAGAGCAACAGUGACCUGAACAACCUGUGCAUCAACGGCAGCCAUGUGUACACAGAGGAGGCAGAGCCCAAGAGCGGGUCUACACUCAGUCUGAACAGCUCAGGCCAAGGCUCUGUGGAGGAUGUCCGCAAAUACAGCUCUGACAUCCCUGCAGAUUCCUUUAAAAGUGUACCUGUCCCCACCAACAGGUAUGAGGCUACAGACAGAGCCACACUGGAGCAACAGCGCCAUCAAGAGGAGGAGGAGGGAAGGCAGGCAGAAGCAAAGAGGCUGGUGGAAGAGGAGAGAAACAGAGCAGAGGCCAAGAGACGGCAGGAGGAAGAGGAGCGCAGAUACCAAGAGGAACAGGAGAGGAAGAGACGCUUCCUCGAGGAUGAAGCAAAGAGGAAGAAACAGAAGGAGGAGGAGGAAGAGAGAAGAAAGGAAGAGGAAGAGCGCAAGAGGCUGGAAGUAGUAGAGAAUUCUAAGCUUCAGGAAGAGCGUCGCAAAGCAGAGGAGCAGAAACGACAGGAAGAGGCCUCCAUGAGCGACAGGCUGUCAACUCUGUUUGGAAUGAUCAGAAAGAAGGAGGAGAAAAAAGAGGAGGUAGAGCAACUUCCCAAAGAGGUGUUACCUACACCAGCCCCUCGGAGUGACUCAAGAGAGUUUGAUCAACCUAUCUCCCGCCAGUCCACCAACCCAUUUGAGGACAUCCCCCUCAGCUUAGAUCCUACAGUCAGCAGUAAUGAAAGCCCAGCUGAUGAUCAGAAAUCCAGUCGCAACUCACAAACCCCCUCUGCCACGGUCUUCCUCAACCGCACCGCUAAAGUGUCUGCAGUCAAACCCAGAUUGGCUCAGUCUGUGGAGUCUGAACCCGCUGACUGCCAAACCCCCACUCAGCUGUGUCCUUCCCCAGCCACCUCUGAGUCCACCCUCUGUAGUGUCCCAUCUGAGUCCCCUGAUAAUUUCUCCAGCCUGCACUCAUCCUUGGCUCCUCCAAAUAUAAGUCGAAGCCUGUCUGGUUCCAGCCGAGGCAGCACAGGGAAUUUGUCAUCUGUGGAAUCAGUGGAAUCUUCACCCACCAUGGCAGACAAGAAGAGAAAAGCCCCCAUGCCGCCCUCGUAUUCUGUACAUGUGAACCAAACUGGAGGAACUGACAUUCCUGUCAGAGAGAUCAAGAACCCUGGAUAUGUAGAGGCAGACGGAUCACAACAAGGCAAAAAUAUGUCUUUACCACUUCCUGAUUACGAAACUCUCUUUCCAGUGAAGAGGCAUGGCGUACAAGGGCACACUCGAUGGGAUCAUUUAAUAGCUGAGGUCAAUCAGAGACACAGGGACACAGCAUCUGAAUUUCUGGGUCCAGAGAUGAGUGUGGAUGGCCCAGAGGAGCAUGAACCAAGUCCCAGAUCUUCCAUAUCAGAGAGGAGUUCUGCUGUGAGGCAUUAUCAAACACACCUUCCAGAGACCAAACCUUUGUCAUCCAAAAAAGUAGCAGCCCCAGCUCCCCCUAAACCAGUCACAUCUCCACAGCCUCAAUCAGUAGUGGUUUCUAGUCAAAGACAAAGCCAGAACAUUGCUCACCAAACUGCCACGAGGCCUAAUCCGUCUCCAGUCCCAGGACCUGUAAACACAGACAUCUCGAGCAGAGAAAGUCUGUCAGGGACAUCCAGGCAAGGAGUGAGGAAGGUGUUGCACCCAUCUCCUGCAGCAUCACUUGUACCUAGACCAACUAGUCAAAUGAAUACUCCAUCAGAUGAUCAAAGAAAAGUGCAGGUCUCCAUGAACAAAGAAGCACCCACAGCUAAACCCAGACAGAGGGUUAGUGGCAAAGAGCCAACAGAACAAGAAAAUUCUGCUGUGAAUCCAGACAGAAAUAUGACAAGUAACACCAAAACUCCCAGUAACACUCAGACAUUUAGUCAGACUGUGAGUAGCAUGGACAAAAAUGGCGGGCAGGCAGAGGAGAACUUUGUGGAGUUUGACCCAUUCCCCAAUACUGGGCUUCUUUCCAAAGACCCAUGGGCAGAGCUGAAGCCGAACCAAGAAAUCGACGACCUUUUCACCGGCAACACACAGAAAGAGCUGAAACCUGAAGAUCGGGGAAUGACAGAAGAUGAUCUUGAGAAAAUCUUUAGUCAAGAGAAGCCAAUAGAUCCCUUUGCUAGUUUUAAUGGCAGUGAUUCAGACAAACGCAGUGAAUACAGGAAAAAAGACGACGAUACAAAGCAAGCCAGUCCUGUUUUCCAAAGACGGAAUUCUCAGAGACAAAAACAGAUUCUUCCAUCAAAAACUCUCUCAGAUAAAAAAGUUUUCAAGUCUCAACCAGAACCAGCAUAUAAAGAAGGAACAACCAUAACUGCAGCCGGUCAAGGCCUCCCCACAAGAGAUGUCAUGAAUGAGUCUGUCACACUUCAGCCUCAAGCUGUUGUGAAAACACAAAGCAAUUUCUAUGGAGGAGAAGAUCUAUUCGGAGCUGAACCUUUUACUGUGCCCUCUGCUUUGAAGUCAUCUGAGCCCCUCCAGGUAGUUAUGGAGGAACCAGCAGGAGGUGUGUCUGGGGGAAGGACACUUUUGCGAGCAUGGGUCUCACCGUCUGAGGGUCAGCCUGUCAGUGCGCAGAAUAGCAAUGGAGGUGGGCUAGCCUUAACUCCACGCAGGCCUCAUCCCGUGAAGCCCCUGACCACAGUUGAGAGCCAACAUGCCAACAGCACACAAGCUGUGAAAGAGAUAAAGGCCUGGGACAGCACACCAGGGAAGAUUAAGGUGGCAGACUCAGGUGAAAGUGGACCUUACACUCAGCUGACCCAGGAAGAGUUGAUCACACUGGUGGUAAAGCAGCAAUCAGACCUGUCCAAGAAGGACGCCAAGAUCAUUGAGCUGGAAGAUUACAUCGACAACCUGGUGCUCCGCGUCAUCGAGGAGAAACCCAGUAUCCUACAAGCCCUUAGCCAUGCCAAGCCAACGUAAGGUCAUGGCUGCUGGAAGGAUCACUUCCCAGUUUUGUUCCUUGUGUGAGUUUGUGCUGUUGUCACCAUGUACUGAGAGACACAAUCUUUAUGAAGGUCUUAGAGCAUAUGCACUUUUUUAGUUUCAGUGUAAAAUUUGUUUGAGAAUGCUGGAAAAUGGUCUCUGAACUAAUAAUACUCUGUGAUUACUUAAUAACAAGCAAGCAAAAGUCUUUAUAUAAGCAAAUGAAUGUAUUUGUUUUGACACUAAGGUACUGGAAUUUGCUUUAAAAAAAACAAACUUGUUACAUGAAAAUAUAUUCAGCAUCUUGAUUUAUAGACCAUAAUUUAAUGAAACUUGGGUUGAGCUUUAUUUAAUACAUUUAUAUUGCAGAGAAAAAUAUAGUUUAUGAAACUAUUCUCUGGCCUUUGUUUUUCUACUCUCUACACUGGGUUUUGUUUAACUUAAUACUGUGUGAUUCAUAACCAUGUACAUAACCUCACACUACCAUUCCAAAUUCAUGCAGCAUCUUGAUGAGCUAUGAAUGUAAUAGGUCUCUCCUAUAUUUGCAAUAAAUUGUUUAAUUAACUUGCAGUGCAUCCCUGCAUAUAUUGACUAGAAAUUCUGACCUCAUCAGCUAAGUCAAGAUUAAUAUUGUUUUUAUAACAAGUGUAUGCCGACUUUUCCCUCCACCGCUGAAGUCUUUUUUAUUUUCUUUGUUGAUCCUUUUGGAAAGCAUGUAUUUUUUUAACCUGACAAUUAACAACAUUCCUCGCUUGUUUCACUCACCACAGUUGAAUGUCAGCUGGUUGUUCCAGUCCUUAAAAAUUAAAAAAUAUUGUGCCUACCUGUGCUUAAAAGAGGUGUUAUUUAGAAAACCAGCAAUGAAUAAAAGCAAGCAGCUACUAAGUACUGUACAUACUUUGAAUUACUUUGAACACAGUAGUUACAGCAGUUUUUUUCUCUUUUAUGUGGUUGUAAUAUAGCCUGUAUAGUUCAAAAUAAAAUAUGAUGCAAGUCAAUAGUACAGAACCAAACUCUUCUGAUAAUAAUGUAAGAUUUUGAUCACUGUGAUGUUUGUGCUGUAUUUAUAAUAUGAAAACACGAGACAUGAUCAAAAAACAAUAAUCAGAGGAACUGUAACAGACUCUAUCAGUCAUAACCAGCCUGGUUUUUGUAUUUGAACUACACUAAUGAAUGAAACCUGCAUCUAUGCCUUUACAUAAUAACACUGUUUGAUGUCUUGACAGAAAUUAUAGCAAUAUUAAUCUUGA